AUGGAGAAGGAAUGCGAGUCAGUGCUAGACUAUGACGACAAGGCGAUGACAAUUAUUGCAAAGUUGCAAUCGCGCAAAAAGAGUUUAGCAGGCCGACUUGAGCAUACUAUGAAUACGUCCACCAAUGGCGCUGGUGAGCAAUCGUCUCAUGGAGUUAAGCUCAAAUCUCUUGAGCUGAAGAAAUUCGACGGAAGCUUCGAAAAAUGGUUGCCCUUCUGGGAGCAAUUCAAGCCAACAGUGCAUGAUAACCCCCUUCUUUCAUCAGCAGCAAAGUUUAACUUUUUGAGCGAAGCAUUGGUUGACAGGGCUUCAUCAACGAUUCAAGGAUUCACUCCCACAGAGGAAUGUUACUCUGAAGCCAUAGCACUGCUACAAGAUGAGUACGGAAAUACCGAAAAGAUAAUCGAGAAAUACGUACAAAAGCUUCUUAAUUUAGAGCCAGUACAAACUACCAGCGACGUGCAGGGCUUACGAUCAUUAUACAAUCCGGUGAUGUCAAUUACUCGAACAUUGUCCGCGUUGAAGGUCACCCCAGCUCAAUACACGAUCACCGUAAAAUCCGUUAUUCUUAAAUGCUUACCUAAGCAAAUGAGAAUACAAUUUUUUCGAUUGCCUGAAACAAAGACAACAGCGAUUUCGACUUUAAAUAGCACGAUGCGAGACAUAGAAGACGACCAACUUAAAGCGAUUCUCCAAUAUAUGAAAAGAGAAAUUGAAGCCAUAGAGAAAGCACAGUUAUCAGAAGUUCCGAAAAAAGCGAGAUUAAAACUACCAACAAAACCAAGCAAGGAACAGCUACCGGCUUAG